AUGGCGGGAAUGCAGGACCUUGUGGAUUGUGUUAGAAAGCACGUGGAAGGCGAUGUUAGUCAAGGUAAACAGAGCGGUGGUGAGCCUGCUCACUGCACCGGAGUGCCGGAAGAAGGCACGACCCGGGCACGCUUUUUCAAGGCUCCUACGGUGCAGGACCCGGGCGUAAAAGACGAUGCAGGUAAAGGCCAAGUUCCUGAAGCGCCAACCGGGUGGCAGACGGUUGAGCGCAAAAGGAAAAAGGCCACGAAGGCCAAAGCGGAUUCUCCUGACAUCCCCUCCAAGGCCCACCAGCCUAUCGCUUGUCCUCAUCUGGCGGAGGACAUCGGUCCUCUGAAGCUCUUAGCUGGACGAUAUCUGUUGAGUAGCCCGUCGCUAGUAGCACGACUAGCGACGGGUUACUCAGCAUUCAAGUGUGGGUGGCUAAAGGUGGGCUGGUCUAUCUGCCAGAUAGCCAUCCCCCAGCAACCGGAAAGGUGUUUCCGUUGUGUGGAGUAUGGCCACAAAUCAUUCGCCUGCAAGGGCACUGAUAGGAGUGGCUUGUGUUGGCGGUGCGGUGUAACCGGCCAUCAGGCGGCUAGUUGCACCAAGGACGCAAAGUGUCUCCACUGCGGUGGAGGACACAGGGUUGGCAACCCUAAGAGCCCCGCCCUUCAAAAGGCGUCGGCUGCAUCUUCGCGGGGAUAG